AUGAGCGAUUCCUCUUCUGGAAAUUCCACAGUACAAGUUGCUCUGCGAAUAAGGCCUUUAACAGGAGAAGAAUUAAUCACAAUACCCACAAAAUCUCAAAGAAAAGUAUUAUCGACACCACCUUUCAAACCAAACCAAGUCAUAAUACAAGGCGAAAAGAAACAAUUCUUCACGUUUGAUCAUGUCUUCAAUGAUAAUUCAUCACAAAAAGAUGUCUACGAUCAUUCAGUUAGGAAAGAAUCGAAUGAAGGCAUAUCAUCAGAUAAUGGUGGUAACAAUAAUAAAGAUGAUCAUGAUGCAAAUAACGAACGUUCAAAAUUCGAGAAAAAUAAAAUUAAAGAAAUUAAAGUUGAUAAUGUUGGAGAAAUAAUGAGUUUAUUAUCGAAUGGAAGACUGAAUAGUAAAAUGAAUCAAAAAGAUAUACUUAUUCAUCCAUCAAGAUCACAUACUGUAUUCUCCAUCACAUUAACUCAACAAAAAUUAAUUCCUAAAUCUUCUUCCUCCUCAUUCUCAUCAUUAUCUGGAUCUACAAAUCAAGAAAAUAACAUACACGAUUCUGACGAUUUGUAUUAUGAUAAAAAUUUAUCUUUCAAAUUAAAAGAACAUCUUUGUGAAAAUUCAGAAAUUUUAGUAAUAGCCUGUGUGCCUCCCUCUGAAUACUACAUCAACGAAACGAUAAAGGUAUUGGAUUGUGUUAAUCAAGUCAGAAAUAUCAAAUAUAAAGCUGUAAUAAGUCAGGAGCCUGAAGAAGAGGGUGAUAACAUGAUUGAAAAUUUAGAAGUAGAGUUUCAACAUCUUCAUAAAAUUUAUACUGAAAUGUCUCAAGUUUUAUUAGGUGAUAUAAGCAACAAUGAAUCACUAUCAAAAUAUCUAGCUUUGCUCAAUGCUAAUGAUCAAAAAGAAUUCAUAGAAAAUCUUUGGCCUAGUUUUGAAAAAACAGUCAAACCAAUUAUACAAGAUUAUGAAAAAUCUAUUUGUUCUCUCGAACAACAAUUGAACAAUGCCCGUGAGACCUUAACCAACUCUGAAUCAACUAUACAAGUUCGAGAAUUAAAAUUACACGAGACUGAAAAAGCAAAUGAAAAAAAUAAAAUUUUAAUAAAUGAGAUUAAAUCAAAAUUGACAAAAUUAAUUGAACAUGAAGAAACCACGGAAUCAUACAUAAAAAAUCUUGAAAUUAGGCUCAACAUAGAAUCUUCUCAACAAAUUAAAGAUUUGAACGUGAUUGAGGAACUUCGGGUGAAACUUGAUGACUUUGAAAAUUCUGAAGAAAAUAACGAAAUUUUGAUCAAUCAAUUAGAAUCAAAAUUGGAAUCAACUCAAAACUCUGCUCGUGAAAUAUUGGAUAAAUCCUUAACUUUGGAAAAAUCUUUACAAGAAAAAGAUAAUGAAUUUAAUAUAUUACAAGAGAGGAUUGAAAAACAAAUGAAUAUUGAUACAGAAGAGAAGCAAUGGUUAUUGGAUGAGAUUACCGAACUCACUCAUAAUAAAUUAUUACCACCACUUAUAAAUACAUCGAAUUUAUCAAAUAUUAGGCCUAUUAUAAAUUUAAAUGGUAAAGAGGUUUAUGAUAUAGAUGAUGACAGUUAUAAUAACGAGUUUUUACCAUCAGUUACAACCUUGGAAUCGAAAUUAAAUGAGCUACAAAUAACUCAUGACAAAACUAUUGCCGAGCUUAAAGAAAUUAAACCUAGAUAUGAGCAAUGUUAUCCAAAAACCAGAUCUUUAUCAGUAGAAAUUCAAGGUGCUGAAAAACAAGAGUUAACAAGCUCUCUGGUUAUUCAAAAGUUACAAAUUGAAUUAAGACAAUUGGAAACAUUACAUCAAGAUAAAGCUCAAGGCUUAGAAAAAGUUAAACAAGAAUUUGCUAGAUUGGAAAUCAAUUAUAGAGAAACUUUGGAAAUUGUUGAAGAAUUACGUGAAGAGAUUAAACGUCGUGAUGCAUUGGCUCAAUUGGAAGUUAUGUCUGUGAUAGCAUCGUCUGAUUAUGCUUAUACUGAUGGUGGUUAUUCUCCCACAAGUAGUGAGGCCAAUCAACAAGAUAUUGUGCAAAGGCUCAGAGAAGAAGUUGAUAUGCUUAAAGAAGAUCAACUAAGAACUAUCGAAUUGUUGGAAGGUCAUGAAAUUGAUUACUACAAAUCAUUUGAUCAUGAAAGAUUAAAAACUUUAAUAGAUCAAUUAAAAUUGGAAUUAAAUCAAAAAAAGAAAAAUCAAGAUCAAUCGUCAUCGUCAUCAUCAUUACAAAUUGUUGUAGAAUCAGAACGAAGAAAACAACAAGAGAAACGAAGUUCUCUUUCAAAAUUAAAGGAUUCCGGCGAGAAUGAAGUGACAAAACAAUUGAAAGAUUAUAUUGAAAAACUUCAGCAAGAGAUUGAAACUAAAAAAAUUUCUGAAGAGGAGGCAGAACAACGACGAUAUUCAGAAAAACGCGAUUCAGCAUCUACAACUGCCACUUUAACCAAUGAUGAAGAUGAAGAAGAACAACUUGAAAUUGUCAAAUUAGAUGUUCAACAAAAAUAUGAUUUAAUAGAAAUUUUGAAAAAAGAUUUACUAAAUAAAACUUGGUUAGAACAAAAGCUCAAGCAAAAAGAGAUUCAAGCUUUAUUAUUUAAAAACAAGUUGAUCCAAGUUCAUAAAGAAGAAGAAGACUUGAAGAAUGAAAUUAGAAAGUUACAAAUGAAAUUACAACAAUUAGAAAAUGGCGAUGAUGUGGAUCAAUUGUUAAAGCAAGAACUGGAAAGUUUAAAAGCCGAGCUGAAACAAGCAAGCGAGAGAGAAUCUUUAGCACAAGAAAAAUUACGAAAAUUAAAGACCAACUCAUUGAUCUCCAAUCAAGAUCAAAUACAACUUGAAUUACAACUAGGAAACUUACGUAAUAACGAGAUCAUACAAAGAGAACGUAUUAAUGUUUUAGAAUCCAAGAUUUUAGAAAAAGGUGUACAAUUAGAUGAAUACUUGCUACAAUUGAAGAAUGAUUUAACAAUCACAAAAGAAUCCAAAAUAAAUUAUAUUCAAACCAUAGAGAAUUUAGAAAUAGAAUUAAAUAAAGUUGAAAAUUUGACUCAAUUUGAGAAACUCGCAUCAGAAUUACAAGACUUAAAAGUUAGAGAAACAAAACAAUUAGAAAUAAUAAAAAAUUUAGAGAGUUAUCUAAACAACCAAAUGAAGAUAUCCAAUGAUUUUGAUCAAUUCCAAAAAUUAUUUGAAGAAAUCAAAGAUUUGCUGUAUAAAAAUAAUGCCAAUGAUGACAAUUCAUGGGAUCAAGAAAAACAAGUUAUGGAAUUAAAGAAUUCUGAAUCAAGUCUAAAAAAAAUCAUUCAAGAUUUGGAAUUCAAGAUUACAACAACGCAAGAAGAAAUACAAUUAUAUAGUUCAAUGAAAGAAGAAGUUGAUAUGUUGAAGAAUCUUGAGAUUCAACAAAAAUCUCAAAUAGAAGAAUUAAAAUUGCAACUUGAUAUAAUCAAAGCUUCAAAAAAUGCAGUCAACAAAGAAUUAGAAAGAUUAAAACAAGAAUUUAAUCAACAAUCAAAUAUAGUGGAGUCUUUAGAGACUGAUUUAAAAUUUUUAAAAAUAGAACUGGAAAAAACUAAAGAAAGUGCCAAUGAAAAAACUUUGGAGUUGGAAGAAGUUUCUAAUUUGUUGUCUGAUGUUCAGAAAUCCUAUGAAGAUGAAAGAAAGAAAGCAAAUACAUUGGGAAUUGAAUUUGAAAUAUUAAAACUUAGUGGCAACAGUAGUAGUGGUGGUGUUAGUAACGAUGCUAGAAUAAUGAAUUUGACGGAUGCCUUAACUAAAGUUAAACUCGAAAGAAUGGAACAAGAUGAUCUUUUGUCUGAAUUAGAAAAACAAUUAAUGACUGUUGAAAAAGAUAGAGAUGCUCAAAUGCAAAUCUCAAACGAGCUAAAAGAAGUAAUCGAAGAACAAGAGGCUAACCACCAAGAAAUUGUUUUGGAACUUGAAACAAAAUUACACAAUUUAGAAGAAGAAUUGGUAAAAUCACAAGAUUCAACAAUCAUUAGCAGAGAAAUCAUAACAAGUUUGGAAGAAAAAUCGCUUAGGAUACAAUCUUUGUUGGAAGAAACAAAAAAUUCCGAUAAGAAAAAUUCUAUUUUAAUUAAAGAUCUAGAAUUCAAGUUGCACAAAGCCAAUAAUAUCCUAAAAGAGAAAGAGAAUCAAUUGUCAAGUCAAGAUAUACAUAUUUAUGAGUUGGAAGCAUUAAUACAAAAAACUCAACUAGAAAUUGGGCAUGCAAAAAGAUCAGAAUUAGAAGCUAGUAAGAAUGUUAAGGUGUUAAAUGCUAAAAUCACAGAGGUCAACAAAUUAUUAUUACAAAAUGAUCCUUCGAUAACAGAUCUUGAAAACGCCAGAAAAUUAGCAUCAGAACAAUCCAAGCUAGUAAAACAAUUAGAGGUUAGACUUAGUUUGACAGCUAAUCAUGAAGAGGGUGAUAGGAUAGAUGAGAUUGUUUCAGGAAUGAGGUUAGAGUUGGAAGAAGCACGAAAUUCCGAAAUCACAAAAUCUAAAUUGAUUAAAGAAUUAGAAGGCACAUUGGAAUGCAAGAAUUAUAAUAUUAAAGAGUUAGAAAUGGCAAUUAAUAAUUCAAAAAUGGAGCUUGAAAAGGUUAAAGGGUUGGAAUCAAAACAUUUGAAUUUGAUCAAAAAGUUAGAGUUCAAACUUCAAGAAAUUGAAUUGAAACGUAAUGAUGAACUUACUAACUUGCACGUAGCUAAUAAAGAAAUUGAUUCGUUAAAGAAUUAUUGCAAGGAAUUACAAAAACAAAUCGAAGAACCUCAAAAUAACUCUGUAAAUAAAAAUGUUGGAAGUCAAGAAAUUACUGGGGAUUUAAAUCAUCAACUUAAACGAGCAAACGGACAAAUUAAAACAUAUUUAAAACAAAUAUCCGAGUUACAAAAAAUUAUUCAAGAACUUAAAUUAGAAAAAUAUGUAAAGAUCGAAGAAAAUUCUGAAUUAAUAGAUGAAGUAAAUAAACUUCAACAAGAUUUAGAUUUAUUAUCUAAAAAAUUUUCUAUUUCAUCUUCCAAAUUCGAAAGUUUUGAUGAAUUAGCAAGAAGACAACAGCUUAGAAUAGAAGAAUUGGAAAUAAAACUGAAAAAAGCUGAAAAAUUGAACCAAGCUAUAUCAAUCCGAUUAUCUAAUCCAGAAUUUGUUAAGCUUACUGCUACGUAUGAAAGUUUAAGGACUAUAAAUAAUAAUCUUAAUUCAAAGGUCAUGGAUUUAAAUGCACAUGCCAGUAAAUUAAUUGAGAAAAAUAAAACUUUACAAAAUGAAUUAACCAGCUUUAUCAAUAUGAGUGAUAAACCAACAUUCAAUGAAAUGAAAGAAAAAAUCAAAGAAUUAGAAUUGGUAAAAGAAGAAUUAGAGGAAAUAAACAAAAAAUUCUUCCAAGAAUGUGUAACACUCGAUCAGAAGAUUCAAACUUUAAUGGAACAAUCAUGGUCAGUAAAUCAUAAUGAAAAUUCACAUAUAGGCACACAUUUGUCUGAAUUAAAUGAUCAAAUAACCAUUAAAGAAAACGAUCUUUUAAGUUUAAAACUUAAAACAUCGAAGGAGUUCAUCCAAAUGGAAAAUGAAGUUGCUAGACUUCUUAACGAUAAUGAAAAUUUUAAACAACAAUUAAAAGAAUGGAGCUUAAUAAAUUCUAAAAAAUUAAAUUCAAAUGAUAACUUGUCUGGAAAUUAUAUGAGAUCACAUCAGGAACAAAUUCAACCAUUGCCACCGAUUCCAUCAUCAUCUACUUCUCAAAAUCCAACAUAUUCACCGAAACUAAAUUUACGUAGACCUUCACUACAAAAAAUAGAUUCAUAUUUCCAAUCGAGGCAUCAAAAUUCUUACGAGUUUAGUCCAGGAACAGCAGAAUCCCUGUUAGAAAUACAAAAAUUACAUAAAAAGAUAAUAAAAAUCGAAGCAGAAAGUCUACAAAACAAACAACUAGUUGAAACCUUGGAGAAUUCAUUGAACGAUAAUGAGACAAGUCUUGAAACAACAAAACAAGAAUUGUCUGCAGUACAAACUCAAAAGAAUGAACUUAUGAACCAAAUCAAAGUUCUAAAUGCUCAAUUAACUCAGGCAAUUGAAGAAGUAGAUAAAACUAAAAUGAAUGUUAAAACUGAAAAAUUAUUUAUGGAAAAGAAUUUGGAAGAAGAAAGACAAGCAAAAGAACGUUCAGAGGCUGCUAGAAUAGCAUUGGAACGUCAAUUAGAAAGAUUACUGGCCAAGAAACAUAAAUUUAUGUGUUUCUAA